AUGGCGGAGCGUCUAAGUGAUCUUGGUGAUCUCGGCGAUGAAUUUGUUCACAUCUUUGUUGGAGCUGAGAAGAAAAAGUUGUCGGUCCGCAAGAAACUUAUUUGCAAAUCCGGAGAAUUCUUCAGAGCCGCGUUUCAAGAAAAUGAUUUCAAGGAAGGAGUGGAGAAUAAGAUGGAUCACUAG